AUGAUUAAUAUUAAAUAAAUAAUAUAAGCAAUUAAAGGAUGUAUUCAAAUAUUAAUAAUAAAAGAAAAUAUCUAAGACUUAAAAAAGUUUAAUCCUUCCCCUGAGUAAGAGUGUGGUAAUUAGAAAAUGAAAUUAAUACACUUAGCAGCAUCUAAUCCUAGUAUUGAAAUUUUAGAAUAUUUUGUUGAAAAAUCAUAAAAUUUAGAAAUCACAGAUUCUGUAAGAUAAUUAAAUUUAUAUUUAAGAUAGGAAGAACUCCAUUGCAUUAUGCAGUAAAUUAUGGACUAUUAAAAAAUGUUUAAUUAUUGAUAAAAAAAGGAGCAAAAAUAGAAGCUCAAACAUUAGGAGGUGAUACACCUUUGAUAAAAUCUGCAUUAUUAAAAAAUAAUGAAUGCUAUCAUUAUUUAAUUAGUGAAGGUGCAAAUAAAUUGCAUUAAAAUUGUAUUGGACAAAGUGCUGAAUAAAUAUAUUAAUAAAAUUGA